AUGGGCACAUUAUUGGUUUCAACUUCACUGGCUUCACAGAUCCAGAAUAUACGGCUACCAUCAAUAACUAACAUAAGAAAUGAACUGAAUUCAGGAGGAUAUCCUCCUCUUUGUCGACUUGCUUAUUCACGAUGUUUCAGCUCACUCAGUGAAUCCUUACUUCAAGUUCUUCUUCGUGAAAAUCGAAUGUGUGCAUUGCAAUGUAAACAGAGGAGGUCCAUAGUAAUGUUAAGAUUCGAGAAUUCACUGAAUCUGAUUUAUUAUCCGUCAAGAUCGCAGUUCUAUAUACAAAAACGAGGUUUUCGGACGCAGCGGCUGGAAAAAGUAGAGAAACCAAAGAAAGGAUUUUUUACAAUUUUGGGCAUCAAUACACUCGAGAGUGUCAGACGAAAGGGGCCGCAAGCAAAGUCUUUUCGCGAAAAACUGAAGACAGUAUCCGAUAAUGAUAGGAAGGGUUUUCUUGAGGGGUAUAUGGCUGCUUUGGAUUACUCAAACGAGCAAAAACAGAAGAGAUCAUUAGUACGCACAAUUCUGUUUUCCGCUACGAUAGUUGGAUUGGGAUUUUAUAUCAUUUUCAAAUCAUUUGGUAUUCCACAAACCUCUCUCUUCACUUCAGUGGAAGAAGUUGAUCCAGAAGUGAUCGGUGUUACGUUUAAAGACGUUCGCGGCGCCGAUGAGGCGAAAAACGAAUUACGUGGAAUUGUAUCAUAUCUUCGAGAUCCAGAGCGGUACACACAGUUAGGUGCACGUCUUCCAAAAGGUGUGCUUUUGGUUGGUCCCCCUGGAACAGGCAAAACACUUCUGGCGAAAGCAAUUGCUGGUGAAGCUCAGGUACCUUUUUUCCAAGCAUCGGGCUCUGAAUUUGAUGAAUUAUUUGUUGGACAAGGAGCGCGUCGCGUAAGAGAUCUUUUUGCUCGUGCAAAAGAGAAAGCGCCUUGUAUUAUUUUCAUAGAUGAAAUUGAUUCGGUUGGUUCGAAACGAGUAGCCGAUGCCAUGCAUCCUCAUGCUAACCAGACAGUUAAUCAGCUUCUUUCUGAAAUGGAUGGAUUCAAUACAAAUGAUGGUGUUAUCGUUAUCGGAGCUACAAAUCGAGUAAAAGAUUUGGAUCCAGCUCUUCUUCGUCCUGGUCGUUUCGACGUUCAAGUUCAAGUUCCUUAUCCUGACUUAGAAGGGCGCAAAGAAAUUAUACAGUUAUACCUAGGUAGAAUAUCAGUUAAUGACGACGUAAAUGAAGAUGUAUUAGCUAGAGGAACAACGGGUUUUACUGGAGCCGAAAUUGAAAAUAUGAUAAAUCAAGCAGCGCUUAAAGCUGCAGGAGAUGGAUUUAUGAAAGUUACUAUGGCACACAUGGAAGAGGCGAAAGAUCGUGUUAUGAUGGGACCGGCACGAAUUCGUGGUCGACUGCCAGAUGAGGAAGCUAAUCGUAUUACUGCUUUUCAUGAAGCAGGUCAUACACUUGUUAGCAUUUACACGAAACAUGCAAUUCCUGUUCAUAAAGUGACAAUUAUACCAAGAGGUGGCUCAUUGGGGCAUACAUCUAUGUUACCGCAGAAAGAUGAAUAUCAUGUGAAUCGGGCCCAAAUGUUGGCACAGCUGGAUACUUUAAUGGGUGGUCGAGUAGCUGAGGAGCUUAUUUUUGGCCCCGAAAAAGUAACUACUGGUGCUGGUGAUGAUUUGAGGAAGGCAACAGAACUUGCAAAAAAAAUGGUCAAGACUUUCGGAAUGAGUGAUAAGGUGGGUUUGAGGAUCGCAGAUGAUGAAUCGAGAUCAUUGAUAGCUGACAAUCAUCUGAGUUCACCAUUGUCAGACAUAAUUGAUAAAGAGAUCAGUCGCUUCUUGAAGGAAUCUUACGAACGUGCAAAGGACAUACUCAUCAAACAUAAGAAAGAACACGAACUUUUGGCUGCAGCAUUACUGGAACAUGAGACAUUAUCAAUAGAAGAAGUGAAAGAAUUGCUUCAGAAUGGCAAAUUGCUUUCACAUGCUACCGAAAAACACGAAGAAUCGAAAAGCAGGAAACCAUCCACACGAUAUAUCUAUAAAAAUCCAAGUGUUAUUAUAACGCCAAUCGAUGAAACUAUUGCGAAAGAGGAAAGACAGAUCUAA